AUGCUUAUCUCGCUUGUUGGGUUUCCUAAACUUCCAACCUUACGUGGAAUCAAUCUCAGUCAUAACGAAUUAAGUGGCGAGUUUGAAAUACUUGUGCAAAACUGUCCACGUCUUCGUUUUAUCAAUUUAUCUGCUAACAAAAUUGAAGAAAUCGAAGCACUCGAACCAUUUAAAGAUCUUUCGGAAUUGAAAGUAUUAGAUUUAACUGAUUGUAGUGUAACGAAGCUUCCAAAUUACCGCGAGAAUGUACUCACUCUAUUACCACAGAUUAUAUAUUUGGAUGGUUACGAUAGAAAUGGUCGUCCGAUCCCUGAAGAUUUUAUUGAACCUCUUAACUAAAAAUAAAUUUAAUAUCGAAAAUAAGUU